UACGCUAACGGAAUUAUCUGGGACCACCGCAGCAGGUGAGCAUGCACACUUUUUAAUUUCCUGCUGUCAAAUGGUGAUCACAGGGCUGCGGAGAAGAAACAAUCAGAUGGGCUUCCGUAGGCUUCUACAGGUGACUUUCGUUCCAAUUAUACUGCUUAUCGGUGAGUUAUCACCGAAGGAUUUCUCACUGAUAAGCCUGACCUCGUGCCUUGCGCCUCACGUUGGAGCACAUUUGCAUGGGCGAGUUGAGGAUAGUAUAUAUAUCGCGCCUUUUUGAGCAGUGGCAUCGUAUCCUCAAGUGCAAGUCUGCCUAGUGGUCCGAAGAUGGCGACUGCAGCUCCUCAGGACCAGGACCAGAUAGCAUAUGUACAGUCCGUAUCUUCUUACUCGGAGAAAGAGAAGAGUGCCAUUACCGCGGACAUUAUCUCCGUGUCUGGUGGAUCUGAAGGGAAGUCAGAACCGCACGUGCAAUUCAUCAAUACAGAUGACCCAUUUCCGGAGUCUCCGGACGCCCCUGUUGAGGACCAACAGUUAACUGUUCGAGCCGUCCUAGUUGGCUGCAUUUUGGGAGGCAUCAUCGCAGCCAGCAACAUCUACCUUGGUCUUAAGACGGGUUGGACGUUUGGCGCAUCGCUGUUCGGCUCAAUCCUAGGCUUCGCGAUCUUGAAACCAUUGUCAAGAAGUGCACCGACUUUUCUCGGCGGGGGCUAUUUUGGACCCAAAGAAAACAAUGUCUGUCAAUCCGCUGCUACAUCAGCAGGAAGCCUCGGAUUGCUCUUUACCUCAGGUUUUCCUGCCGCAUACCAACUUGGACUAUUGAGCGUUCAUCCCAAAGAUGAUAUUGGCAGACUAAUCACUUUCACCAUUUGCUGCGCAUUCUUUGGUUUGAGCUUUACGCAACCGCUGAGGAAAUUCUACAUUUUGAAGUUAAAGCUCGUAUUUCCGUCCGGUGUGGCUGCUGCGUACACGAUCCAAUCUUUGCACGUCGGCAAGAACGCAGAAGUGACGGCUCGGAAGAAAACCAAGACGCUGAUCUACGCCUUUAUCUUUGCCAUUCUUUUGCGGGUGGUCAGCGAGUAUGCUCCGGGAUUACUCUGGGAUUGGCACGUUUUCUACGCUCUGAAUAGAGUCGGGUGGAGUUCGGCUAUCGCUGGUGAGAGCUGGGGAUGGAUUUGGGAGUGGACCCCCGCGUUCAUUGGCGUAGGGAUGCUCACAGGUAUCAAUGCUUCGUAUAGCUUCCUCGGUGGAAGUUUCCUUGCCUGGGCUGUUUUGGGACCUAUAAUUGUCGCAAAAGGAAUAGCUUUUGGGGCCGUCGCGAACCCAUCUAUACCUGGAUACAUGAAUUAUAUGGGAAUGUGGGUCGUCUGUUGUUUCCAUCAUAAGACAUUCUCACUUUUCACGGAAGUAGCGUGUAAUUGGAGGUCCUUGUACGCCGCAAUGCGCUCCGCUUGCGGAAUGCUCUUGCAACGGUUUUCAAAAAACGGUGCAGUGGACGAUGUCCUGGAUCCUGUGCCUGAGCACGAACGCGUCCCCUUCUGGGCUUGGGGUUCUGUGCUUGUCCUCAGUACGAUUGUUACAUGUGUUGUGAUGGGCGUUCAGUUCGGACAGAACGUCGGUGUUACUCUCCUCGCGAUUCUAUUAUCUUUCCUAUUUAGUUUCAUUGGCUGCGAAAGCGCUGGACGGACAAACAUCAAUCCUGUCACAUCAGUUGGUAAUGCCUCACAGCUUAUCUUCGGAGGUUUAGGAAGGGGUCAGAACUACGCCAUCAAACGGGGCGAGCUCCUGAACUUGCUUUCUGGAAUGUUGACACUAGGUGCUGCGGAACAAGCUGGGGACAUGAUUGGCGAUCUCAAAACGACACACCUCCUCCGCGCGUCUCCCAAGGCUGUAUUUGUUGCUCAGCUCUGCGGAGCUGUGGUAUCAAUUUUCAUGGCAGCUGGUCUCUACGUCGUGUUUUCCACCGCUUACCCAUGCAUCAACGACUUGAGCUACACGACGUGCCCCUUCCCUACGCCCGAUGUACAGUCAUGGCGUGCAGUGGCCGUUGCUGUAUCAUCGACCACGUUACCCAUUCCACCGUCUUCCGGAUAUGCCGCCAUCGCACUUGGAUUAGCAGCCAUCAUUUCUGUCGUAGCCAAGUAUACUGUGGUUCCCCCGAAAUAUCACGAUUUCAUACCCAACUUCAAUGCUAUUGGAAUUGGGUUCAUAAUGAACGUCUGCACGUACCCUCUGGCAAUGUUUUCAGGCUCCACUCUUGCAUUUUUCUGGAGAAGAAUGUUCUUUAACAACUACCAGAUGUAUUGUUUUGCCGUUGCAGCUGGCUUUAUUGCAGGAGAAGGUCUUGGUGGUAUCGUGAACGCGAUCUUCACAAUUUCGGGAAUCUCUGGCGCAACAUACGGGACAUCCGUCGGGUGCCCUGGCGGUGUUUAUUGCGGAUAG